UUACAGUGAUAUGAAGAAGGAAAGGCCAUAUUAGAAGGAAUUUAGAGAUAAGAGUAAUCCAGGUAUAUGCAAGAAUAUGCCUUCAGCUGCCGGAGAAUAAAAGGAAAAUAAAUAACGGACUGAUACCAAGAGCGGAUGAAAAUACAUGCAGUAAAGGAAGUCUUAUGUAGAAGUCCUGUGUCAUAACAUAUUAGUACAUGUUAUGAAGUUCUUGCAAAAUAUGCAAACACUGAGAACACCAGAGAAAAUAUGCUUUUACCCAAAAUUUUUGAAGAAUGUGCAACUAGUAGAAGGUGGGACAAACCCAAUAGGGCAGCAAAAGAGUGGGACUAUGCCCAGUAAUGAAGAAUGCGGAAUUCGAGAUGUAUGGGGUCACAACUUGGAAGAGGAAUUUCGUACAAUCCGUCAAGUCGUCCAGCAAUAUCAAUAUAUUGCGAUGGAUACAGAAUUUCCGGGUGUUGUAGCUAGGCCUAUUGGUGAAUUCAGAACCAACGCUGAUUAUCAAUAUCAGCUUUUACGUUGUAACGUAGAUCUGUUACGAAUAAUUCAACUUGGUCUUACGUUUCUUGAUGAAUCUGGAAAUACGCCGGGCGGUAGCUAUACAACAUGGCAGUUUAAUUUCAAAUUUAACUUACAUGAAGACAUGUAUGCACAGGAUAGUAUAGACAUGUUACAAAAUAGUGGUAUACAGUUCAAGAAACAUGAAGAAGAAGGUAUAGAUCCUUUAGAAUUUGCCGAACUGUUGAUGACAUCGGGAAUUGUUCUUGUUGAUGAUAUAAAAUGGCUAUCUUUUCAUUCUGGCUACGAUUUUGGUUACUUACUGAAAUUACUCACGGAUCAAAAAUUGCCACAAGAAGAAAGUGAAUUUUUUGAGCUUCUUAGGAUAUACUUUCCCACAAUAUAUGAUGUAAAAUAUUUAAUGAAAUCGUGCAAGAACUUGAAAGGCGGAUUACAAGAAGUGGCAGAACAACUGGAAAUUCAAAGAGUUGGUCCACAACAUCAAGCUGGUUCCGAUUCUCUCCUCACUGGUAUGGUCUUUUUUAAAAUGCGAGAGAUGUUUUUUGAAGAUAAUAUUGAUGAUGCUAAAUAUUGCGGACAUCUAUACGGUUUGGGAACAUCAUUUGUCAUGAAUGGAUCUAGUGGAUACAUGGACAGCAAUGGAGAUAAUGCCUCGACAUCGUAAUGUUCACAAAAAAAAAAAAAAAAAAAAAAAAGAAUCCGAACAAACAAAUUAUUUCAUUACAAAUAAAACGUUAUAAAAACUUCUUUUCACUUAACAAGUGUAUAAAUGAUCAACAAGUGUAUAAAUCAUGUCCGAAGCAUUAUAUUUUACCAUUAUCGCUGUAAACUCUACGAAAACACAGUUUGGACAAAUGUCUCUUUUAGACGUACGCGUCUUAUUUUUUAAUUCUUUUGGAUUCCUUCUGUGUGACUCUUUUUUGUAGAUUUCUUCUGUGAUACGUACCACCAAUCGAAAACAUUUACAGCACCGAACAGCAUAUAAAAAUGUAAUAUAGUUUUUUUUUUUUUUGUAAACAUUUGGACAAUAUUGAUA